AUGGGGGUCGGUCUGCCAUUUGGUAAAUUGUCUCAAGAAGAUGUGGAGCUACUGGAGGCUCCCUUUGAAAUGGAUGAAUUGAAAGAAGUAAUAUGGGAAGGUCAAAGCUCGAAGGCUCCGGGACCAGUUGGUUACAACUUUAAUUUUUAUAGGAAGGCUAGGAAUUUUAUAAGGGAGGAUCUGAUGCAAUUUCUGGCAAAUUUCCACAGCAAUGUGAAACUGGAAAAAGGGCAGAAUUCCUCAUUCAUUACGUUGAUCCCAAAAGUGGAGAAUCUUAUAGGGCUAAAGGAGUGCAGGCCGAUUAGUUUGGCUUUAAUUGCUGGGAGGCAGAUCAUGGAUGGAAUCCUUUUGGCGAACGAGGUUAUUCAUUCAUUGGCUUCGGGAAAAGUGGAUCAGGUGGAUAAAAUAAUGUGUCAACGUAAGGGUAUUGGUGCUGGUAAAUGGUUCACCAAUGGGAGAAUUCGAGAUGCAGAGGGUAUCAUGUUUGGUCCUUCAUUAACUAUCUCGCACCUCCAAUUCGCUGACGAUACCAUUAUGUUUUUGGAAGCCAGAGAGGAGGUCAUUUACAAUAUGAAAAUGAUUCUGAAAUGCUUUGAGUUGUGUUUGGGUCUAAGGAUAAACUUUAGCAAAUCAGUGUUGUAUGCGACAAAAGCGAAAAAAAUAAGGGUGGAGUCUCUUGCAUCUAUGCUGGACUGUAAGUAUAGCAAUCUCCCGUUCCUAUACUUGGGUAUUUCGGCGCCAGCUGGAGUAAUCAAGAAGAAUGACCAAUUGAGGAGGAACUUCUCAUGGGGAAGAGGAGUGAAUCAAACAAAAAUAGUAAAAGUAAGCUGGUCGUCAGUGUGUGAACCGAAGAAGUUCGGCGGUCUAAGUAUAAGAAACCUGGUAGUUAAGAAUGAGGCCCUCUUAGCUAAGUGGUGGUGGAGAUUUGCAUAUGAACCAACAUCACUUUGGAGGAGAGUGGCUAACUAUGGGACGGGUAGUAGGGACUAG